AUGGACGUAUAUCAUAUUACUUUGCACAACGAAGAUGACCGUGACGACGAAGACAGUAAAAAGGUAACAGAAAAUUUACCAUUCGACGACGUACAAGCAGAGAAACGAGGGAAUGAAGUUUAUCCGAUCCGAUCCGAGCUGGAUGAAGAAGCUGACAGUCUUGACAUUGAUCUGAAAAGUAUUCAAGGUCGGGAUCAUCAUGCGGUAUCAGCAGCUAUGUACCUUUUGUAUCAGCUGAUUGAGCACACUGACACUCAAAUGGACCUGCUUAAAAAAUUCAGACUUUGGGUCAUUCCUGUGUUCAACCCGGAUGGAUAUGAUUAUUCCAUGACUUUUACGCAACGUCGGGAAUGGAAGAAGAAUCUACAGCAAUCAUGGGAGUUGUGUGACGGUCGAAAGUCGUGCAAGCCAUGCGAGACAUAUGGUUUUCGAUGCAUCGUGCAGCCUUGUUAUGGGGUCAACCUUGACCGCAAUUUUGAAUACCAAUGGAUACCAGCGGAGGAGCUUCGCGCGGAGCACCCGUGCGGGGACCUGCACGCGGGACCGCGCCAGCUCAGCGAGCGGGAGACGCGGGCCCUCACCACCUACCUGCAUGAGCAGAAGAGUGUCAUAACCACGUUCAUAGCCUUCAAGGAGGGCGACGUACUGGGAGUCAUGUAUCCUUACUCACACACGAGAAAGAAGCGUGCCUUCGAUGCUAAUUAUAGAAAAAGGGCGUCUCGGGCUGCUUCAGCUGCGUUUGGUAUCAGCGGCCGUCCGUACGUUGCCGGACAAACUUCGGAAUUCUUACCGCUAUACGCGGGCGGGAUAGAAGACUGGAUCGACGGCCACUUGGGCAUCGACAAUACCUAUACCAUCAUGAUGUUCCGAGCCACCGACUCGCGCAACGCGAAGCUAAUGUCGGAACACGUUGUUCACGAAGCGUUCGCAGCCAUGGAUACUCUACUGUUAGAGAACACUGGUGGGACGUUGGAAAUAAAAGCUCUCAACCCGUCCGCCCCUCUCCACUCAGGCGCCGUCAACAUUCUCCCAAACCUACUCAUCGUACCUGCUGCAAUACUCGUCGUUAACAGUUGAACCAAAGGUUGACAAACAGAAGCCAGAGAGAUACAGAAGCUAGAUAAACCAGAUAUUUUAGUGGGUUAAAAAUAUAUCUACGGGCGUUACGAGGUCGCUCCAAGUGAACGUU